AUGGUGUUGUUUGCAAUGCUUUGUAGAAUCGAUGGCUUGAUGCUAUCGGAAUCGAUGGAUUCCACUCAACAAGAUUCAUUCGAUAGAACCUAUAGAGAACAAGCUAAAUUGAUAUUCAGUAAACUAUCAAGAGUUUCUGAGAAAGCAAUGACUUUAGAUACUGAUAAAUAUUAUUUUGCUUAUUUAAUUGAAAACGAUGUAUGUUAUUUAUGUUUAUGUGAAAAAGCAUAUCCAAAGAAGUUGGCAUUCAACUUUUUAGAAGAGUUGUACAAGGAAUUCGAUACUUCGUAUGGCAGUGAGGUUGCACUGGCGAAAAGACCCUAUCAAUUUGUGAAAUUCGAAACAUUCAUCACCAAAACAAGAAAACUAUAUAGAGAUACAAGAUCACAGAGAAACCUAUCGGAUGUCUCCUUCGAAUUGAGAGAUGUACAGAAAAUUAUGACUAAAAAUAUAAGAGAUAUCGUUGGUAGAGGUGAAAAAUUAAAUGAUGUAAAUGAUAAAUCAGAAAAGUUACUAGCAGAAUCGAUUCGUUAUGAAAAACAAACUAUUGCAUUGGCAUCACAAUUAUUCUUUAAAAAGUAUUUCCCUGUUAUAAUUAUACUCUUAUUCCUUUUCUUUAUCUAUAUUAGAUAUGCAUAUUGGUGA